AUGAAUAUUUCGAGAUGUGACGCGCAAGAGGAGGAACGAGAGGAGGAGAGAGAUGAAGAUCGGGGUCGUGCUGAGUCAAAUGAGGUGGGCGAGGCGGAGAGGGUGAUGGCUAGCCGCGAUAAGGCACAACAGCAGUCCAGCGAAGACGAGCCGGAAGACAAGAACAACAGUUGCCCUUCGGAUAGGCAAUCCUCUCGAAGAUCAUCGCAUUCAUCUUCCGAAUCGGAAUCGGAAUCAGAAGAUGGCAGCGACUCUGGUAGCUCUGAUCACUCAUUGGAUGCCAAACCGUACACGAGCUGCAUACAAGAAGCCCAGCUUUCAUCAGAUGGUAGCUGCGUCUUCACAUCAGAUUACAGUCGUCAAUUCUCUGUAUAUCCCGUCUCGAACGACAUUCUGACACAAAACAACCCUCAACCUCUCACGCCCUACGCGUCUCUUCGCUCUGCCGAUCCAAUCUGGGCUUUUGCUGUCAACCCUCUUUUCAAUUUACAGGAUGCUAGCAGCACGACUGUGCUGAUCAGUCGACGAGAUGCCUACAUCAACCUGCACAACGCAUUGUGGCCUACCUCGCAGAAACACAGCGAAGAUACUCAGACCCCAGGAAGAGUAGAUAUAUCCACCCCUCUAGCAUCCUACAAACUCAUCAACAGCCUAACUGAAGCCGUCAUCGCACCUCUCAGCCUGGCCUACUCCAGCACCGCCACGCAUUUCUUCGCGGGUUCCAAAGACGAAAUCGCCAUCUUCGACCUCCUCGAGACCGAUAAACCAAUCCACACAAUCCGCACCAUCCCCGCCAAGCGCAACAAGCUCAAAGGCGGAGGCCGCGGCUUCAAAGGCCAGAUUUCUGCUCUGUCCCUCUCACCUCCCUCCCACAGUUCGCACGACGGCAUCCUAGCAGCCGGCUCCCGCACCCGCUACAUCGGCAUCUACGACCCCAUCGGCGGCACCGAAGUGACGCAUUUCUCCCUCCCAGGCACGAUAAACGGCAUCAAGUUUCGCAACGAGAAUCUUCAAAGCGUUAUGGGCGAUGGUGUCACGUCACUCAAAUGGAGCCCCUGCGGCAAAUAUCUCUACGUCGCUGAGCGCAGUUCAGACGUGCUCCUCAUCUACGACGUCCGUAACUUUUCGCUCGCGCUGGGGUACUGUGCAGGGAGACAAGCGCUCACUCGUCAGAAAUUGGGCUUUGAUGUUUGGAAUGCGGGACAGGGCCCGUAUGACGUUGAGGGGGUAUCGCAUGAGGUUUGGGCAGGUGGGACAGAUGGGAAGAUGAGAGUUUGGAGGGAUCCGUACAGGAGGGAAGGAGCUGUACAGGCUGAUGAGGUGGUUGAGGUGGGUGAUGCGAAGAUGCCGGUUGUGGGGAGUCUUGUACAUGCUUCGGGGAGUUUGGCGUUUGCGGCUUGUGGGAGGGUUGGGUUGGGUGAGGAGAUGGAUGGUGAGGCGGAGGAGAAAGGUAUGAAGAGGGGUGGGGAUGUGAGGCCUGUGGUGAGGGAAUGGGGAAAUUUGGAUAUACUGGGGUUGGGCUAA